GCCACAGGUAUAACGUCCGGCCGGGGCUGUUGAGCUACGUUCCACACCUCGGCACUGUCAGUAUACAGGAGUCAGUGUUGCCGAGAGGACACAGACGCAACAUAGAGAGCCUAAUGUCCAUAGUCUUAGACACUUCAGGACUUAGACAUCAACAUUCGGUGGCGAUGGAGGCGAGGCGGCGCGACUCAGGCUGGCGGCGGUCGGGAGGCGGCAGCGAAGGUCGGGCGGCGGAGGGCAAGCUUCUCCGAAUGGCCGCUCUUGUAGUGGUGGCGUUGGCAGCGAUGGUCCCGCAAGCCGCCGCGACCACCUACCCUCCGCCCUGUGAUAGCAAGAUUUACUGUCAUGGUGAGCUCCUCAAGACAGUGCAAUUGGCCAAGCUGCACAACGACUCCAAGUACUUCGUGGACAUGCCGCUCAAGAACUCGGUGGAGGAGACGCUCAUCAGCUUCCAGGAACUCAUGAACCGCACCCAAAGCAAGCCCAGCAGGGAGGAGGUCAGGACUUUCGUGGACGAGAACUUCCGGGAGCCUGGCACGGAGUUCGAGCCCUGGGACCCAUCGGACUGGACGGAGGAGCCCGCCUUCCUGAACAAAAUCGUGCACCCAGACCUGCAGGAGUGGGGCAAGAAGCUGAACGCCAUGUGGAAGAAGCUGGCCCGCAAGAUCUCGACCACGGUUAAGGACGAGCCCGAGAAACACUCCCAGAUCUACGUGCCCAACCCCGUCAUCGUGCCCGGCGGGAGGUUCAGGGAAUUCUACUACUGGGACUCCUACUGGACCAUUGAGGGGCUGCUGCUCUCCGAAAUGAACCACACUGUGAAGGGCAUGCUGGAGAACUUCCUCAUGAUGGUCAACAACUACACGAUGGUGCCCAAUGGCGGCCGCACCUACUACACCCGCAGGAGCCAGCCACCCUACCUCAUCCCCAUGUUCAAGCUCUACAUGGACCACUUUGACGACCACGCCUUCCUCACUGAAAACAUUGAGCUGCUGGAGAAGGAGUUCCUCUUCUGGCACAACAACCGCUCAGUGCAGGUGCAGGACAGGAAGGGCAUGCCGCACCACGUGGCCCAGUACAGGGUGGAAGUGGGAGAGCCCAGGCCGGAAUCAUGGAGGGAGGACUACCAUCUGGCAGAAAACUUGAGAACCGAGGAAGAGAAGCAGGAGCUGUACGUGGAACUCAAGUCUGGGGCAGAGAGCGGCUGGGACUACUCCACUCGCUGGUUCGUCAACAACAACACUAACAAAGUUGGCGUGUACAUUCUAACCCUUUACCUCGCCUGUCGGUAUGCGGUUCGCAGCAAGUCCUCUAUACUGAUAUUGCUGUUAGUGAUGGCCGGGGCUUAUCAGGUGGAGAAGAACCUUACUGGCGGGAUACUGAAGAACAGUGGCACAAUGAAGGACGUAAACGUUACCUCGAUCGUACCAGUGGACCUGAACAGUCUCCUCUGCAUGAACGCCCGAACCCUCAGCAGCUUCUACGGCCGCCUAGGGAACACUGAGAAGCGGAAUCAUUACGCUAACCUUGCUGAUGCCAAGAAUAAGACCAUGAACAGCAUUUUCUGGGACCAGACGGAUGGGGUUUGGUAUGACUACGACCUAAAUACCAAAAGCAGGAGGAGGUACUUCUACAUGUCCAACCUUCACCCCAUAUGGAGCGGCUGCUAUGGCCUCGAGGUUUCCCGGGCACGCACCAUGGAGAAGGUGAUCAACUACCUCAAGAACAAGGGCGUCUUAGAUUACAUUGGUGGAGUGCCCACCUCCAUGGAAGACAGCGGUCAGCAGUGGGACUUCCCUAACGCCUGGGCACCACUGCAGCACCUCAUCAUCAUGGGGCUGUACGAGGCACGCAACAUCCACCACGCUGUUGAGGAGCUUUCCUUUGAUCUGGCAGAGAAGUGGAUCAGGAGCAACUGGAAAGGUUACCAAGAGCUGAAUGCCAUGUUUGAAAAGUACAAUGUGUCGGUGGUGGGCAAGGCCGGAGGUGGAGGUGAGUAUGACGUUCAGGACGGCUUUGGCUGGAGCAACGGUGUGGCCAUGCGCCUCCUGGACCUGUUUGGGGACCGCCUCACCCCUGCCGAGGGAAGCUCUGCUGCCUCACCAACUCUGUCUUUAGUGCUGGGGCUUAUGAUGGCUUUACUCUCCCUUGGUGUUCGGUCACAAUUCUUUUAACUCAUUUUACAUGUUAAUUUUGGUGGUCCAUUUUAUACCAUUCAGUCAGCUGAACAAGACUCCACAUGCUGCUAAAUGUGAAUACUGUUGAGGCUGCUGUGUCAGUGUGGCGGGAUGCUCAGCAUGCUGCCUCAAUUAUUGAUGAUUGUUGUGCAUGUUUAUGUUAGAGUCAGGGGAGAGUUUUCCUAAAUCCUUCUCUAGUGUUCAUAGUGGAAACCUUUCUUCCUCAUAAAAUAGCACUGUAUUUGUGGGUAUGUGUCCUAAUGUGAUGUAUUUAGGGUUUUAUAUUACACAUUUUUAAAGGAAUACUUCAGCCCCAGCUUAGUAGUCUGUUGGGAAAACGACUUGUGCAUUCUUGCAUCCCCACGCCUGAGUUGUAUAAGUUACCUUUUCUAGAGUCUAUCUUAAGCAGCUCUCUUCAUGCAGGGACCUGCAACACAAAACUCUAGGUCCCUUCCAACAUGCACCCCAUCAGAAGUGCAAUGAUAGGCCUACAUCACAGAUGAUAAAUUUUAUACUGACGGGAUGGAAGAAGGCACUUUCUCUUGUAGAUUUUUUAAAGUAUUUAUUUUAGUUAUGAGUUUGAUCAAUUUUAAAACUACCCACAACUUAGUCAGUGAUGGAAGGUGUGUCAGUAUACAGCCACAGUCUGACACAGUAAGACUACUUGGGGUGCUGUGCUCCUGUUUGAGUUAUGGGUUAGUUCUGAGAUACCCUUUACCCCACCCUGCACAGGCAAGAACACACUUCAUGAUGAUUAUUUUUUUCUCUACUGCUGAAUUAUAGUUUUGAAAAUAUGAAGGGGAACUGAUAAAAAUGAAGACUUUGAGCUAAAUCAGUGAAGACUUGCCAAGACUAAGUGAAGAACAUGUCAAGUGGCACCCAAACAGUAGCACAGGCAAUAUUUAUUUAUUUAUUUAUAUAUAUAUUUUUUACUUUGAUACUUUACUGAGGCAGCUUCCCUCACCAACCCUUUAGCAUUCCUCAGCCACAAGGUGCACUUUCAAAGUUUCCUUCCAUCUUACGAGACUUGGUCCAGAGUCUCGGGAUAGCACAGCACUGACGUAGUGGUGGUGAGAGUCUCUAGGGGCAGAGGCUCAGGGAGAGGUUAACUUGUGUGUUAGUGGUGUGGGUGUCCCAAGCUUGAGCCUUGGGACAGCACAGCAUAAGUGUUGGGGUGAAGGUCAUGAGCCAGUCAGAUAAUGGUGCUUCUUGCACUCAUGAGGGAGGACAGAAAGCAUUAGCUUGCAAGUCAGUCAUUUUAAGUACAUUUCUAUUUGAUUAGUAUGUAAAUGUUUCAUGUGUAUAUGAUGUUAAUAAAUUUUAUGUAUGCCCCACGUGUAGCACCUUUAAGUAGUUUUGUAUUAAUUUAGAUCAAGAAGGAAUAUUACCGAAUAUGCCCAUUUAAUGCGUACUAACAAUCGACUUUCAUUUUGAAGUGCUUCACUCUUUGCUGUUGUUCAGGCCAAUGUUCUCUUCACCAUCUACCUUCAGUUUUAAUGAUACUCAGAUUGCCAACUCUGCAUUAUUAGCGCUGCCAAUGUAUCAUGAUUACACGCAAGGUUUGAGUAUUUUUUUUUUAUCUCUGGAUGUAUAAUACUACUUGCUUUUAUAUUCAUAAUUCCUUCUGAGGGUGAUCUAUGUGAACAGUGUAUGCUCUGCUGUGUUAAGAUUAAGGUGGCUCUAAGACAAUGGACAAGUCAUUAAGUAGUUAAGAAGCAAAGCAUCGCCAUGGCCUCCCUGAGUGGCAUGGGAUGUGUCUAGUCCAUGUGAUCUUCAUUACUCCGCUGCUGCAGCUAUCUUACUCUGCAAUGGAUAUUUUUUUUACAUCUCAUUUUUUUAUUAAUGAAUGCAAAGGAGUGAAACAGCUCAGCGUGAUACCACUGGAUGUGGCAGAUUUGUUUGCAUCCUUCAUUACCAAAGAGUCACUGUCACAUAGAUAGUUAAAUCCAUAGCUAACAUCUGUAGUAACCCCUCUCAGAAGGUCCCUAAUCAAACAUAGGUCAACAUAGGUCACUCUUCCUUGUGAUAAUUGAUUAAGUAGACUCACUCUCACCAGCCUCAAAGCCUGGCCUUGAGGCAUGGUGAGAGGAUUGCCAAAGAACAGUUAAUUGGGAGGAGUCUUUCUUAUUCUUACACUUAAAAGAUCAAUCAGUCAUUUAGCUAAUUCCAGAGUCCUUUUAUUUAGUUUUUAUUUCAUCUAAUUUUAUUUAUUGUUGUUUUGGUUUUUAUCUGGUAGUGUACUGAGAGAACUUAUUAACGAUGAGUGUAUGUGUAUUGUUGAAUAGGUUCAGUUAGAAGGUUUGCAUUGUUUUCAGUAUUACUUUCUGUUGAGGAAAGCUAUACUUGAGAAUGUGUUGUGAUAUAAUUAUUAGCUGUAACAGUCUUACUUUAACCUGUAUCUUCUAGGCUAGUUAGUGGCAGUUUACUUCAGUCUUGAGGUCAUCCCACUUCAGUCCUGUUCAGAUUGCUGAGAUCCCUGAUUGCUGUGUUUAUUCUUUACUGUUGUAUUAUUAUUGCUGUAAUCCAAAGAAGCUCCAAUAAUGCUGAGAUUAUAAUUGGUAGCAUAACAUGUAUAAAUAAGCACUUCAUGAACCCACUCCUUGGAGCUUUCCUGGUCACUAGUGAAGGUUACAAGUGCACUACACCAAGUGAGUGUCUCACCCUGAAAAAUAAAUAUAUAAACUUCAACAAAACUCUACUGUAGUCAGCAUCUGUGAACUUUGGUAGUGUGUUUUGAACUGCACUGUUUUAUAUCACUGAGGUGGCAUUAAUCUUAACAUUGAAUUUAAUUGUGAUAUUUUAGUGGGAAUUACAUUUCUAAGCUUAUAAGAUAGUAGAGAGGCUCUGGAUAGGAGAUGUUGCAAGUUAAAUUGUGCUGCUUUGUUACUAACAAAAUCAAAAACUAAGACUUUACAUCUUCAUCACUAAUCUAGCUUUCCUCAACUUCUGAACUUGCUUCACACUUAAACCCACCUUUGGACUUCCACAAUGAACUUUGAUGGAUAUGGCUUCAGUGUUCAAACAGAUUAUCUAACCUGCACAAUUUGAUUUUGAACUUUCUCCAAUGAGUCUGGCUGUGUUAGUUUCCUGUACAUUAUAAACCAACUUCAAGUAUUGUGGUCGUGACAUCACUGGGGGAGCAGCAGGGAGCACCCCUCGGGCACCCCUGGAUGGGGGGUACUCAGGCACCCCCUGGAGGGAGGGUAUGAGAUGCAGCUUCAUGCCUGGUGUUCCAGUUAUAAGCCUCAACUAAAGACUCCAGCACUGCUGAAGAAUUAAAGAAAUUCUGAAUCUUAUUUCUAUAGUUAACUGUGCAUUAUUAUUUGCUGAUAUAUUGCUGAAUUUUCUUUCUUUGAGAAACUGCUGUGAAGAUUCUUCAGCCUUAUAAAUCUAAACUUUAUGAAACUUUAAAAACAGGUAAAGUGUUUCUCUAAGUGUUGUUCAGAAGAUAAACUAGACAAGGGGUUACCUCAUUGCAGUUUAAUUUUGUGUUCCAGACCAAAUUAGGGAGUCACUUGCUGCUGCCUUAGGGAGUUGACAUGAUGUGCUAUACUACAGUAUGUAAUAUCAAGUUUAUGUCAACUCUUAUUGUAUCAUUAUGUACUAUUCCUAUGUGUACACUGAAAGGAGAAUGUUAGAAUAAAGUCACAUUUUCGGGA